GGCGGGGCGGGGGCGUUGAUGCGGAGUGUGUGUGUGUGUGUGUGUGUGUGCGGGUGCGGGCGGGCAGCAUGGCGGACUACCUCAUCAGCGGCGGCACCGGCUACGUGCCCGAGGACGGCCUCACCGCGCAGCAGCUCUUCGCCAUCGCCGACGGGCUCACUUACAAUGACUUCCUCAUCCUCCCCGGAUUCAUAGACUUCACAGCUGAUGAAGUGGACCUGACGUCGGCACUGACGCGGAAGAUCACCCUGAAGACACCGCUCAUCUCCUCGCCCAUGGACACCGUCACGGAAGCCGACAUGGCCAUCGCUAUGGCUCUCAUGGGGGGCAUUGGAUUCAUUCACCAUAACUGCACCCCGGAGUUCCAGGCCAACGAAGUGCGCAAGGUCAAGAAGUUUGAGCAGGGCUUCAUCACAGACCCGGUGGUCCUGAGCCCCUCUCACACUGUGGGGGACGUUUUGGAGGCGAAGGCCCGGCACGGUUUCUCGGGCAUCCCCAUCACCGAGACGGGCACAAUGGGCAGCAAGCUGGUGGGCAUCGUCACUUCCCGUGACAUCGACUUCCUCGCCGAGAAGGACCACGCCACCUACCUCAGUGAGGUGAUGACCCGGCGGACUGAGCUGGUGGUGGCUCCAGCGGGUGUGACCUUGAAGGAGGCGAAUGAGAUCCUGCAGCGCAGCAAGAAAGGAAAGCUGCCCAUUGUCAAUGACAGCGAUGAGCUCGUGGCCAUCAUCGCCCGGACUGACCUGAAGAAGAACCGGGAUUACCCUCUGGCCUCCAAAGAUGCCCACAAGCAGCUGCUGUGCGGGGCAGCCGUGGGGACCCGUGAGGACGACAAGUAUCGCUUGGACCUGCUCACUCAGGCGGGCACCGAUGUCAUUGUGCUGGACUCAUCCCAGGGCAACUCCGUGUACCAGAUUGCCAUGGUGCACUACAUCAAACAGAAGUACCCCCAGCUGCAGGUGAUUGGAGGGAAUGUGGUGACCGCGGCACAAGCCAAGAACCUGAUCGACGCGGGCGUGGAUGGACUGCGUGUGGGGAUGGGCUGUGGCUCUAUCUGCAUCACCCAGGAAGUGAUGGCAUGUGGCCGGCCCCAGGGCACCGCCGUGUACAAGGUGGCAGAGUACGCCCGGCGCUUCGGGGUACCCGUCAUCGCCGAUGGUGGCAUCCAGACCGUAGGCCAUGUGGUGAAGGCCCUGGCACUCGGCGCCUCUACAGUUAUGAUGGGGUCCCUACUGGCAGCCACCACAGAGGCCCCGGGAGAGUACUUCUUUUCCGACGGCGUCCGGCUUAAGAAGUAUCGGGGCAUGGGCUCCCUCGAUGCCAUGGAGAAGAGCAGCAGCAGCCAGAAGAGAUACUUCAGCGAGGGGGACAAGGUGAAAGUGGCCCAGGGGGUAUCUGGCUCCAUCCAGGACAAAGGGUCCAUCCAGAAGUUCGUGCCCUACCUCAUCGCGGGCAUUCAGCAUGGCUGCCAGGACAUCGGGGCCCGCAGCCUCUCAGUCCUGCGUUCCAUGAUGUACUCCGGAGAACUCAAGUUUGAGAAGCGGACCAUGUCAGCUCAGAUCGAGGGCGGUGUCCAUGGCCUCCACUCCUAUACCUUUCUGCCAUUUACGAGAAGCGGCUGUAUUGAGGAUGGCGGCGGCGGCGGCGGUGCCGGCGGCAGAGGCGGGGUAGGGGGCGGCCUCCGGGGACCCCCCGUGAGUGCCCCCUCCCUUUGUCACUGAGUGGCCUCCCGUGGCCCCUCUGGAUUUGCACUAUGGGCUCCUGGCCCCUCAAGGCCCUUCUAGUCCCCUUAGGGCUGCCCUUCAAGGAGGGAAAGGAGGAGGGAGGGUCAAGCCCUGGGAGCCCGAUCCAGUCCUCCGGUCCGGCCCCAGCUGACCCCACCUAUCCAGGGCGGCCCUGUCCCUGGGGGUCCUCCUAGCCCUUCCGGCCCAGCCCCUGGGGCCCGUCCCCCCACUCAGGUCUCUCUCUCUGUGGCCCCGGUGCCUGUCCCCAACUCCGGCCUUUCCAGUGGGGAGGGGGGCUGAGGGCUUGGAUCGAAGUGGGGUAGGGACAGAUCCAGGGGAGCCCUCUCCCUCUGCUGUCCCAGCUUCUCGCCUCUGACCCACCCCCCCCAGACAAAGGUGCUCUCUGUCCCCUCGCCAGCCCCACCUUGUGCCCCCUUCCCCUGCUCCUGGGCCCCACCCUGUGCCCUCUUCAUCUGCCCCUGGGACUGCCUGGGGCUCUCACGCCCUCCUGGCCAGGGAAAGAUUUCUCCCCCUGCUCCCCAGCCAGCCUCAGGGGCUCCUCCCCGCAUCUCAUCCCCCCCAGCCUUCACCCUCAGUGGCCCAGGGCCGGGAGCCGAGGCUGCGGGGGUCAGGGUGGAGGGCAGGCCGAACUGGAGCCCCACCCCACCUCCCAUUCCUUAAUUGCUAUGCCACCCCCGCUCCCCCCGACAGCCCCAGCUGAAGGCUUUAACUUUGCACACUUUGGGAUCACGGUUGUAUGGUGUAUUAAAUAGUCGGAAUAAAGCAAGCCAGUCUCCAUUG